GCGCUACCCUCGCUACAUAUUAUGACAAUAUAAUGUUCUGCUCGUAGCCCAUGCAAUAUUCUAAACGUGUACUUACUCGAGCGUCGUGGAGACCUAUAGGUACAAACAAUAAAAUAUUAUUGUUCUACGUCUAUUACUUAAUUUAAAAUAAAUUAAAAGUAAAAACCUUUUUAAUCAACAAGUUUUUACCGUAGUAGCUACCGUAAACCGUCGACGAGUUCCCUUACUGUCUCCCGUCUUCAUCACCAGACCCCUAAUGAUAGUCACAACACAUCUAGAUAAAGUUCUCAUCAAUACAAAUUCAUCAAGCCCAAACACAAGGUAGCUACUGUAAGCCGUCGAGGAGUACCCUUAAUUGUCCCUCGUCUCCAUCAUCAGACCCCUAAUGUUGUGCUGACAAUAAAUGAUUUCUAUUCUAUUCUAUUCUAUUCUAAUGACACAAACACAACACACAACGACGACAUUAUUGAUUAAUUUGAAAGUAUACCCUCUCAAACGAAAAAGAAUUUUUCCAAUCGGUUCAGACGUCUUCGAGUAAUCGGUGAACAUACAUAAAAAAAAAAAGAUUACGACGCAUUGAUUUCCUCCUCCUUUUUUCGGUUAACAAAAAGGAAUCUUUUUUUUUUUUAUUCUUUACAAGUUAGCCCUUGACUACAAUCUCACCUGAUGGUAAGUGAUGAUGCAGUCUUAGAUGGAAGCGGGCUAACUUGUUAGGAGGAGGAUGAAAAUCCACACCCCUUUUGGUUUCUACACGGCAUCGUACCGGAACGCUAAAUCGCUUGGCGGUACGUCUUUGUCUCUUGCGAACGAAGUUGAGGGAUAAUUGUAGUGUGUGUAUGUAAAAAUUUAUUUUAUAUUUGGUACUACAGCAGAAAAACUAACAGCCUUGCAUCGAAUUGUGUUACUUGUAGAUACCAUUUACUUCACUGCUUUACCAUUUACUACAAUGAUAACGAUGGUGUGUUAUAAUCGUUCCAUAUUGUGAUAUGUGUACAGAGCGCUUUCGCGCCGAGGACUCGCCGGAGCGCUACGCGUCCGGCGUCCGGCGCCCGGCGGUCGCCGGCUGGGCGGGCGCGGCGUACACGCGGAGCGCGCGUAUCAAUGAAACGGGCGAUGACGCGCCGCGGGCCGCGGCCGCCCCGCGCGAUCGAUACGAGCGGUUCAUCGACCGCCGGGCGGGCGGACGGCGCGUGCGCGGCGCGCGCGGGGCGGGCGCGGGGGCGGGCGGCGCGCCGGCCCGCAGUCGCGCCCCGGCCGCGGCCCGUCCGAGAGCCGCAGCCUACGCGCGCCCCAUGCCGCGCCCGCGCCGCCGCUAGCGCCGGCGCGGCCCGCCGCCUCCGCCGCAGCGAACGGACGUUCGGCGCGACCCCCGAGCGCGCCCCUGCGAGCCCAGCGCGGAGCACCCGCCGGCCCCGCUCGAGCGCCGGGCGAUGCGCGCGCCGCGGCCCGCCCUGCAGGCCUGAGCCGCGGCUCGCGCGCGCCGGAGCGUGGGGCCGCCGGCGCAGAUGUGCAGCCUGGCAGCGCUGGCGCGCGGCUGCCGGCCCGCCGCCAAGCCGUGCUGCCUCUGCUGGUGCUGCUGCUGCUCCUGCUCCUGGGCUAAGUGGUGAGUGCACACGCGUGGCGAGCGGCGGCGGCGCAGUGAGCGAGCGGGGUAGUAGUGUAUAGAGAGGACUGCUGGCGGCGCGCGGCGCGGACGCGGGCCCCGGCAAGAAGCCGCGCGACGCGGGCCCGCUGGAGCCGCUGCUGGACGGCGACGCGCCGCCCUCGCUGGAGGAGGUGCGCGGCUGGGGGCAGUCGUUCGAGCGGCUCAUGCG